UCUGUCAAAUCAGACAACAUAACCUAUAAAAUCGUUUUACGUCAAAAUGUGAAGUUUACAUAAAAUGAAUUCUUACGGUUUAUUCUUCGUAAUUUGUAUAGUUCUCUAUUAUUUCAUAUUAUGGGUGGUCCCAAAAAUCUUAUCAUGGUACUUUGAAAAGAAAUUUAAGGUAACUUUACGAGUGGGAUCAAUAGCAAUACCUUCUUUAAGAUUAUUCAACGUUUAUUUAUCGCGAAAAGGAUUUACGAUCCACAUAGAAGAAAUAAGCAUUAAAAGCAGUAUUUUUAAUUCCGAAGUUACGAAAUUAGUUACAUUGGUUAUUAAAGACGUUAGAAUUAAUAAGGAUGUUUACGAUGAACAAGAUGUUUUUUACAAUAAGAAAAGUGAUGAUCAAAUCGAUUUUAGGGAGAGAAAGAUUCCUCAUCCCAUUAUUACAUUCGCACAAUUUAUGGCAAUUCAUAUGUAUAAUUUAUCAGCAAUGUUUUUGCAAUCGGAGAGCCCUGGAGGGUUAUUACACGCAACUGUUACUGAGUUACAUUUAGAUGGAAGUGUUUUACAAAACGCAAAAAUUUUGUUGGUUAACGCCAAUUUAACGGAAUCAUCAAUUAAAAUUUUACGACGUUCCGAGCGGCAAGGGAACGACGAUAGUUGUUUGGGCGAAUUAAGCUUUGCAAUCGCAUUAGAAGCGAUGCUCAUAGCUCAAGGUCCAUUAUCUUUCGAUACGUUACAAAUUGUUAUGUCGCAAACGAACGCAACAAUAUACGAUGGGUUUUACGGGUUAUUACCGGCAAAUAAUCCCUAUAAAGAAGAAACAAAAAUAAGCGGUGAUCUACAAAACGGCUCAUUCGAGAGAAUUUGUCCCAUUAUACCCAAAAAUUUUACAAUUACAAUCGCCGACACGCAUUUACAAGGAAUGAGGGAGAACGGAAGAUUGGAUUUUCGGUCUUGUUUGGAGAAGUUAUCGCUCGGGUGGCAAUUUAAGCCGAGUGUUCACGAUUCUUGUUAUUUUAAAACUGAUUUGGUUCUAACUGAUUGGAAAGUUGAAAAUAUUAAGGAACAACUUUUAGUUUUGAAACAAAUUUCGUUGUCAAUGGAACUUUGUGAAAAUUUAUUAACGAUUAGGAUAAAUUUAGACACCCUUUCGAUUUUAUAUAAUCACUUGGUGAUUUUUAAUUGGUACAAAACUAAUUUUAUGAGGAAUUUGCAACAUUUAAAACCCAAAAAUGAUUUAAUUGUAACAAAAAAGGAAUCGUUCCUAACUAAAUUAUUAACACAAAUUAUUAUUAAUUGUUGUAUCCAACUAGAACACAUAAACGUUCUUGUUAAAUUAGAUAAUAAUAAUUCAACUUUUGGAUUAUCCCAUAUGAAGGCGGUUUUAACACAAUCCGUUGAUCGUAGAGAUAGCUGCGCCCAAAGCAUUUUACCUAAAAGUUUGGUUUCUGAUCGUCAUUGGAAAACGGAAUUGCUUUUCGAAUCGAUUUUUUGGAGCUUUAACGAGAGUUUUUACGAAAGAAAUUUCAAUGAUGGCCGAUUAAAAAGUUUGCAUUAUUGGGGAACCCCCCUCUACGUAGGGAUGAUCCUCAUAACCUGCUCAACAACCCUAAAAGACAUCAAAAUUGAAUCAAUGCUAGAUACCCUUCGUUUGGAAUGGUCCAAAAUGCUGGGAAAUUACAUCCUUUUUAGCUUAAAGUGCAUCAAAGAUUACGGGAUUAAUUUUAACGAUAAACAACCCACAAAAUCAACUCAAAAAUUUAAUCCAUGCUUAACGUUAACCCUAUCGCAUUUAAAUUUCUUUUUACAAUCGGAAAAUGAUGAAUACAUUAUAAUGCGUUUGAACAUGAUUCAAAUGGAAAAGUUCAAAAAAUCUUCCUUUACAAACAUAGAACAUUUUAAACUACUUUCUGUUAAAAACAACGAGCCAUUUUACACCUGUCAGAAAAGUGAGGAAAUAACCAAUUUUAAAAUGUACAUAAAAUCUGCCCAUGUCGAUACAUCCACGGCUAAAGAACUAGCUGAGACACGAAUUGAAUUGUUGGAGGAAAUUGGAGCUUAUUGGUCGUGCAAUUUUCAUUUGAGGUUAUUUACGUUGACGCAAGAAAUUCAAACUUGCAUUGAAAACAUUCGUUUUGAAUUGGGCACGAAGAAAACGAUUCCAACUAAAACGAAUUUAAAAGUUUUUAACAUCCACGUUUUUGGAGUUAGUGCUUUUUACAUCGAAAUUUCUGAAAAGCACAGUGUUAAAGUGGCUUUAAGUGACAUGUCUGUUAUUUAUAAAGAUGAUAAUUUAUCGGUUAUGAACAACACCGCGAUUAUCUCGAUAGACGGGGCCGAUAUCUUCACUAUACAAGGAUUAGACUUGCACAGAGUUUUAGAUAACACCACGAUUCGCGAAGAAAGAAACGAAAAUGAGUAUUUCGUUUUGCCAUGGAAUAAAGUGUGGAGUGUCAACGUUAAUUUAUUUAGAUUUUGUUUUCCCUACGAACACAAUUACGCAGAUGCCAUACAAAACGAGUUUAUUUCAAUCUUUAAAUGGUUAAAACAAGUACAUGGAAUGAAGAAGAAGAAAUUCACCAAUGAUAGCCCGUUACCCAGCGAUCUCUUAAUUAACAUAAAAGAAUUUAUCUUUGAAACAAGCGAUGAUCCUUUUGAAGUUAAACUCCGAGAAAAUUUUGAGUUAUUAGUUGAUGAAUUUAAUGAGAGUUUAAAAAGAAGGAAAAUGUUGAAUGAUAAGGUUGAUGAACUUCGCAAAACUCAUCUACACCUUCCCGCGACGAAAGUUGAAGAGCUUUACGCAAAUUUAAAAAAGAAAAAUGCGGAAAUUUACGUGCAGCGUUCGAAACAAUUAAGUGCGGCCCCUCCACGAACUCGACUUUUCGCUUGUAGUAUGACCAAUUUGGAAUUGAUGAUUUUAGCUGAUCCAUCAAUACAUGGUACUGAAAAUGUAAUUCGAAUCAUUCAAACAAUCGAUUCAGAUUCGCCGUGGCCGGAAGAUGGGCUUGAAUUUUCAACUUUGUGGUGUCGAGUGAUUUCGUGGACGUGUGAUGAAUGGAAAAUUCAAUUGAGGGAUUUCCCACAACCGCUUCUUGAUAUUAAAGAUUUUUGUAUGUGCGGCCAAUUAGCCGGUGCUGAGCAAAUGUCGCCACGGAGAGCGAUAAGAACCGUCUCGUUAGAUUUAGGGGAACCUUAUGGAACCGUUGAAAUCGAGCGGGGGAUGCAACCUUUGAAAUUUUACCACGAUUUGAGUUGCGAAAUUAAAUAUUAUAGUUACGCAUUUGGACCGUGUUGGGAACCGGUUCUUGCACAAUGCGAUUUAAGCUUCGAUAAGAUUUUCCCACCAUCGAAAGAUCCAUCUCCACGACUCCCAUUUUGGGAUAAAAUGAGAUUGUUGUUCCAUGGAAGAUUUACGGUUGUUAUGCAACAACUUACCGUCCUUUUGCAUGCUUCUUUGGACCCUUAUAAUACAACGGAAGAGAUGGAAUUAACUUGGAAUAAACUUAUCAUGGAUUGGACUAAUGCUAGGUUCUUAUUUAAAGGAGAUUUUAAUAUUUACGUGAGAACGGCUUCUAAAUACGAUGAUUGUAACCUUUUACAUUUACCAAAUAUGAAGUUAAUAGUUGAUAUUUCUUGGUUGUGUCUUGCGAAUCCGAACGAUCACCACAACGUUAUUUAUUGCGCUCCAAACAAAAUUCCGGAAUAUUCAAUUAAUCAAGUUCACGAUUCAUUUAGAGCAUUCCGAUCACAAAACGUAAAUUUAGCAAUAACUUUGGAGACAAAAUCAAUUUCGAAUCAAUCCCCAACGAACGCCGAUAUCCCAGUUUUAUUACUUUUUGGGAGUACCUUGCGUUGGUUUGAGAAUUUAAAAUUAAUUUUAUCUGGAAUAACUCGCCCAACGCGGCGAGGGCCGAUUUUUAACAACGUUCGUCCGAAAAAAGUCCAAUUAAGCCGACACUAUAAAAAGCUCCAUCUCAGAAUGAGCAUUCAUAAAUUCCAAGUUUGUUAUUGGAUGUCGUUUGCGAUGCAAAGAGGUUGCGAAUUACUCGGUGGGCGAUUAUCACUGUGUUCGGAACAUUCUUUAUCGUUAAUUCCGAUUGAUGAUGGGUUAAAGCAUCGUCCUAAAGCGGAAUGGUCCAUCGUUUACAUGAAUUCGGAAUUAAACGACUCAGAAAUCUGGUUAAAAAGCGCUUUACAAGAUGAUCCCGAAACCGAAAAGAGUUUCCGAUUACCCGUUGAGAAAUGUUACUGCUUAUCGGUAGCUAAAGUUUCGUAUGGAAGAGAAACCGUCGUUCCAAAUCGAGAACAUGUCGGCGAAAAAAACAAAGACACCCCAACCCAUCGCUUGGUUGUUUACGAUUUAAAAGGUGCUUGGACUAAAAGUAAUCGAAACGUAGCGUUUACCCUUUUUGAUACGUUCGUUAAAAGCAAACAAAUGAAAAAAAAUUUAUCGACGGAAGCUUUAAAAGGUUUCCGGAAAGAAACAAACACCACACCGCUUAAAAAACGGAUUAAUAAUCAAGAGGGGCCGGGAACCCCUCCAAACGCGACGAUUCAAUCCAUUCAAGCACAAUCGCUACAAGACACACCAUCACCAUUAACUAAAUUACAGUCCGUGCAUGCCGUUAAUAUGCUUCAACAAUUAAUCGCAGAAGCCGAAAAUAAAGCGGUUGUAUUUAGCGAUGAUUUAUCAUCGGCUACGAGACAACAAAAUUUACAGGGGCUUCAAGCGUGUCAAGAGGAUGAUGUACAACAUAAAAAUUGGCAAAUUGCUUUGGUUAACGCCCAAGUGUUACUGAAAGGUUGUGAAACGAAAGGAUACGUUAUUUUAAGCGCUGCGAAAGCUGAAAUUGUACAAAGAAUCCAUCGCCCGGCAUGGAAAGAACGUACCUUGGUUUCCAAAACGACUUGGGUCGGGAAUUUGGAAUGUUUGCAGUAUUACGCUACGGUAAAUGCGGGGGAAAACGACACAUUAAACGAAAACAUCAUGUGGUUAACGGUCGAUAACAUCCAAGAAAAAGAUUCAUCGAGUUUAAACGAAAUGGCGAUGAUUUCGGAGGUUCCAAAUAUGGUUGGGAGUGGAGUUUCAGUUGGGGCCGUCGUUAGUGAUACGGUUGGAGCAAGCAGUUUAGCCGAUAACUCCCCAAUUCAAUUACAAAGAAUUGUAUCUCGCUGUAAAUGCGAAUUUUUUUACGUGGGUUAUGGGGAUAUUAGCGUUGAUCCGGGAGCUGUUGGGGAAGUUCCCCCACCCCCACAAGAAGAUGUAAGCCCUUGGGAUCAACGCCAAACUGCAAUCGAUGCUUUUACAUUAAUGCAUCACGAUUUAGAUGUUUGCACAAAUUCUUUGCAAUAUACCAUGUUAUUGGAUAUAGUAAAUAAUUUAUUAUUAUAUGUUGAACCCCAUCGAAAAGAAGCAUCGGAACGAUUAGCGCGAAUGCGAUUUCAAUUGCAAUUACAUAGUAUUGAAGAUCAACGUCGUCCCAUUCAAAAUUUGCAAACCCAAAUAAGAUCAACAAUGAGUAAAUUAAGACGAUUAGAAAAAGAGACGUAUUUGGUUCAUAAAACUUUAUUGGAAGAUCCAUUAAAUAAAGAAAUUUUAAAAGAAAUGGAAUCGUUAGAAAGCUUAGUUUAUGAGUGCAAAAAUCAAUUAAACGCUCACAGUGAGGAAUUAGACAUGAUGUUAUCUUGUUAUAAAGAAUCCCAAUUGCUUGCAAAUAAUCGUUUAGCCACUUUACGUAGUGAUAAACCCUUAAUAAUCGUAAAAGCGAACGAAAUUUUUUUUAAACACGCCCAAUGGAGACUAACCGAGGCCGAUGGGCAAAUUGGAAUUGCCGAUUUAGUUCUAAGUAAUUUUCUUUAUACGAAAACAUCGAAAAGUGAUGAUUCCGUUGAACAUCUCCUCGAAUUAGGUUAUUUACGCAUGACGAAUUUGUUACCUAAUCAAAUAUAUAAAGAAGUUCUUUGCCCAACUGAAAUUCAAAGCAAUAUGCCUGUUGAGCAUAAAAGGGUUGUGCGAAUAUUUUGUAGGGAAAAACCCCCCGUUGGAGGGAUUUCCGUUAAAGAACAUUUUGAAAUAAACGUUGUUCCAUUAACGAUCGGUUUAACUAAGAAGUUUUAUAACACCAUGUUGAAAUUUUGUUUUCCCGAGAGGGAUCCGGAUAAUAUCGAAGCUGAUCGUGGGGAAGAUAUCGAACAACAACCCGCGGAGCCUUUCACUAAAAAUAAAAAGUUAAGAUCGUCUACGAAACGAAGCCGGGAUUCGAAUUUUUACAUUCCCGUUGAUGAUGUUGAGAAAAUGAAGGAACGGGCUGAAAAAAAUAAGUUAUUUAUUUAUAUUAAAAUUCCCGAAGUUCCGGUUAGAGUUAGUUACAAAGGAAAUAAAGAAAAAAAUCUUGAGGAUAUCCGAGAUUUUUCCCUUAUCAUUCCCACGUUGGAAUAUCACAAUGUCACUUGGACUUGGUUAGAUUUAUUAAUGGCUAUUAAUAACGAUAGUCGAAAAGUUAUUUUAUCACAAGCAAUCAAACAAAAAUUGCAGUUUAAAAGAAAUAUUGGUGCUUCAAAUGAAAGUUCUUCCCCGCACGAAGAGGAUAAAGCUUGUAUGUUAUUAGGACCUGGAGUGAAAAAUGAAGGAAAAACUGGAAAGAAAGGUGUUGGUAUAUUUAAAAUAACCAAAUGACGAAGGUUUAAUUUUUAAAUAUACUUGUAUAUAAUUGUAUUUUCAUUAUUAAUUUAUUAUUAUAACUUUAUUAUAAGGUGCAUGUUUGAUUUUGAAUAUGUCCUGGGUAUAUUAUAAUAAGUCAUUUUAAGGGUAAGUUGAGUUCAUAGAUUUAGAACUAGAAACAUUCAGGUUUAGCUGAACAAUUCUAGUUCUAGGUCUAGUCUUCGUCUUAAUGAUAUAAAACUAGAACUAACACUAGACCUAAAAGUAGAAAAUUUCAUUUUCCACAUGUUUUCUAUGUUUUGCGUGCCCUUCAAGAAACGUCGGAAUUUCGAAAGAGCUUUUUUAGAGAGAUCUUUUGCAGUAAAAUAUUAAGUACUAAAAAAUCCAAAGGAAAUCCUAAGGUUCGAAGCCCUUCUACGUUUUCAAUCGAUUCAAUUCGAUAUUAUGGCGUAAUAAGGUUUUUGCGAGCUUAUCAGCCAUGGUAAAGUAAUGUAAAUGCGAUAAAGAAAGAGGUAAAGCCAAAUUGACUUUGUAAAUGUUAGAGAAAUACGCGCCAGAUGUUUACUACUAGGUAAUGAUCCAAAAUCAAACAAAGAAAAGAACAGGCGGAAAUGCGAAAAUUAAUUAAAU